CGCACUCGCACUCGCACUCGCACUCGCACCCGGAAAGAAAAAAAAAAAAAAAAAAAAAAUCCAAUCGCCCAAUCCCCAAAUCCGAUCCCUCGAUGAACCUUUUCGCCCAAAUUGGGGAUUUUCCCCACCACAAUCACAUCGAAAGGCGACACCUUUGACGCACAAAUCGCGCCAUGAUUCGAUUUUUCCGACGAUUUCGACGCAAAUCCCCAAUUUUUCCCCCUCCUCCCACCCCAAACCCUCGCGAUUACGCAUCGAACGCCGCUUUGCUGUGGCUGGAGGAGGAGAUCGACGCCCUUCGAUCCCCGAUUUUUGAUUCUUACGCUUAUGCUCGGUCUCUGCAGGGUUGCAUCGCUAAUGGGGAUCGAAUGCGAGGCGGAGGCGUCCAUUGCCACGCUCUGAAGCGUGGUGGGUGCUUGGAUUUGUUUUGCUGGAACAUUCUUCUUAAUAUGUAUGUGAAAUUCGGCGUUUUGGUCGGUGCCUGCAACGUGUUCGAUGAAAUGCCGGAGAGAAACAUGGUCUCUUUUGUGACCCUAAUUCAGGGUCUUGCGGAUUUGGGCGAGUUUGAUGAGGCUGUUGAGCUUUUCCGUAGGCUUCAUAGCGAGGGCCAUGAGCUUAAUAAAUUCGUGUUUACGACUGCUCUAAAGCUAUUCGUGAUUAUGGACUCGCCGGAGCUUGGUCGGCACGUGCACGCUGGUGUUUAUAAGCUCGGUCACGAAAAGAAUGCAUUUGUGGGAUCUUCUUUAAUUGAAACGUAUUCUCUUUGCGGGCUCGUUAACGAAGCGAGACGGGUGUUCGAUGAAAUUAUUUACAAGGAUAUUGUAGCUUGGACGGGGAUGGUGUCUUGCUAUGCGGAGAAUGAUUGGGCCGAGAGCGCAUUGCGCCUUUUCUCAAAAAUGAGGAAAGCCAGAUUGAAUCCUAACAACUUUACGCUUACUAGUGUGCUCAAGGCUUCGGUUUCUUUGUGGUCUUUAAAAUUGGGCAAAAGCAUACAUGGUUGCUCGAUAAAGUGUCAUUACGAGACCGACCCUUAUGUGGGCGGUGCUUUGCUCGAUAUGUAUGCGAAAUGUGGGGAUGUUGAGGAUGCGCGCUUGGUGUUUGAUAUAAUUCCCCAUAAUGAUGUGAUUCUUUGGAGUUUCAUGAUAGCUCGGUAUGCGCAGAGCAAUCAAAAUGAGGAGGCUUUGGAGCUUUUUCUCCGGAUGAUGCGAUCUUCGGUGGUUCCUAAUGAAUUUAGUCUUUCUAGUGUUCUUCAAGCGUGUGCGAAUGUGGUUAGUUUGAAAUUGGGAGUGCAAGUGCACAGCCAUGUGGUGAAGAUCGGUUAUGACUCUGAAAUCUUCGUCGCUAAUGCGCUAAUUGAUGUUUAUGCUAAAUGUGGUGAAAUGGAGGCCUCAUUGGAGAUAUUCUCGCAACUGCCGCACAUCAAUGAAGUGAGUUGGAAUACCGUGAUCGUGGGCUACGUACAAUUAGGAUUGGGCGAAGAUGCUUUGAAGGUCUUUAACCAAAUGCGCAAUGCUGAGGUGGAGGGUACCCAAGUCACGUACUCUAGCACCCUUCGAGCUUGCGCGAGCAUCGCGACCAUCGAGCAAGCCAGCCAGCUCCACGCCUUGAUUGCCAAGACCCCAUUUAAUGACGACACUGUGGUGAGCAACUCUCUCAUAGACACAUAUGCCAAGUCUGGAAGCAUAGCAGAUGCUCGCAAGGUGUUUGAUGUGGUUAAAGAACGAGAUGUGAUUUCUUGGAAUGCUAUGAUCUCAGGAUAUGCUAUACACGGCCUAGCAUCGGACGCUUUGAGCUUGUUCGACGAGAUGUGCAAAACGAGGAUCAAGGCAAAUGAUGUGACCUUCGUUGGUGUGCUUUCCGUGUGCAGCAAUAUAGGUUUGGUUCAACGGGGCUUAUCAUUUUUCAAUUCCAUGAAGUCGGUUCACGGCAUCGAACCAUGUAUGGAGCACUACACUUGCAUGGUUCGGCUUCUAGGUCGUUCUGGUCGUCUCAAUGAUGCAAUGAAGUUCAUCGAAGAGAUCCCAUCGGAACCUACUCCAAUGGUUUGGCGUGCAUUACUUAGUGCUUGUCUCGUUCACAAAAAUGUCGAAAUCGGUAAAUUAUGCGCAGAAAAGGUGCUUGAGAUUGAGCCACAAGAUGAAACCACCUAUGUUUUAUUAUCUAAUAUGUAUGCCACUGCGGGAAUUUGGGAUGAAGUAGCCCUUGUUAGAAAAUCCAUGAGAAGCAAAGGAGUGAAAAAGGAGCCGGGUCUUAGUUGGAUCGAAAUUUUAGGUGAAGUCCAUUGCUUUUCAGUGGGAGAUGAAUCACACCCAGAUAUGCGUUCAAUAAAAGCAAUGCUAGAAUGGUUAAACAUAAGGAUAAACAGAGCGGGCUAUGUCCCUGAUAGCAGCGUGGUGUUACACGAUGUAGGAGAGGACCAAAAGACACGGUUAUUAUGGGUUCAUAGCGAGAGGUUGGCUCUAGCAUUCGGUCUUAUAAGGAUACCGCAUGGAUAUCCUAUCCGGAUAAUGAAGAACUUGCGUUUCUGCUUGGAUUGCCAUGCUGCAUUCAAGAUGGUAUCUAAGGUGGUAAAGCGGGACAUCGUCGUGAGAGACAUCAACCGUUUUCAUCAUUUUGCGGGUGGGAACUGCUCGUGUGGUGAUUAUUGGUGAUACGUAGAUAGCGCGUAUAUAAGAUCUCCUUUACCUACAACAUUAGAAGGUCGCCAAAUUUCUGCAAAAGAGAAUUCUAACCAAAAGAUGUUUCUGCUUGAGAAGUAACAUUUAUUCGGACAUACAGAACUACUAGCCAUAUGUCACCUAAAAGAUAUUCGAAUCUUGGAGCAGCAGAAUCAUGCUAAAAUGCUGGAGGACAGGAUGGUCCCAAAGAAACUCCCUCUCAGGACCACAUCUAUGGGACUAUAACUUGGUACCUGAUAGGAAUACAAGAGGAGAGGGGACAAAGUGAUGGAUGAUAAAGAGGGCUGAAAAAGAAAUUCAUGAUUUCAGUUGACUACAUAAAAUGCCGCAUCGAAAAUGCAGAGAACAAUGGAAUGUACAUGAGUUGCUGCUUAAAUCGCAAGGACUAAUGUACAAGAUUGUGUUUGUUAUCACUAUCGCCAGUGGUUUGUGAUUGACAUAACCUGCUACUGGUAAAAGCAGAUUUCUACUCAAGGAGCAGAAGAAAAGUGCUUCGCAAACAAAGCUCGAGCAGAGAAGGUUCAAUUCGAAGCUUCUACAUCUAGAUUUGUCUGGAAGUUAUUGAGAGGACUUUAAAGAAAGCUUCUAGAAUUCUUUGAAUAACUCUGCUCAAAUGGCACUUUAGCAAACAAGGCCUAGGUAAUUGGGAGAAAAGAGCUCGGGAGCGGCAUCGAACUUAAAUUUUCAUCCGAGGAAUGUAUGGUGUAUGGAUUGGAAUUCAGAUCGACAGAGAGAGGAAAAGCAGGCAAAAUUGCAACAAUAACCUCUCUAAUUGUCGCAGCCGCCGACCCUGCAUAUUACUGUGCCUCAAAAUCAGUCCAAAAAUUCUAGGAUUAUUGUCAAAUUCAAGCAAGAUAACUUCAUGAGAAUGAUGUAAACACGAAAUUGACCUAGGAGUUCGAAGUAUUAACCGUGUUUACCUGAGUGAUCAGCAUGCACUUCAUCUUAUUUUUCAUCUGUAGUUCCUCGGAAUUGUGACAGUGAAAGCUAUAUUGCAGUGUUACUUCAAACUUACUGAUGAAUGAAUCAUUACUUGCCAUAGCAUAA